AGCCGAGAGGAGCGGGGGACACGGGCGGGGCCGCCGCAGCUCCGGAUGGGACCAGCGCCCGGGCCCGUUAGUCCAGGCAGGAGCUUCGGGAGAAGCCGUCACUGGGAGAGUCACCCCUGCCUUUCCCUCCCCUCUGGCCCAGGCCUCGCUUCGCUCCCUGCCUGCCCAUGUCCCAGUCCUUCCGCGGCGGGCGCCCUCCCACCUCAGCCCGGGGCUCUGGCUUCUCGCAGCUCUUUGCCCUCCCGGCCCGGUCAGCUGUGAGGUGCCCCCGGGCCGUUUCUUUGUGCCAGCCUCCCCCAAGUCCCUACCCCAUCCCAGGCUCAGAUUCCCCCCUUCUCGGCUUGGGAUUGUCAGGCUACUUCACCUCUCACUGUCCUCAUCCCGGUCGCAGGCCCCCUUGGUCUCUUCUUCCUUCUGCCACCCUAUCCUUAGUCCCUGGACCUGGCUGUGGGCUGGUAGCCCACUCCUUCCCGACCCAGGUUUCCCCCCAUCCUCUUCUUGCGUGGUCCCCAGCACUUUCUCUAUCCGGGCCCACUAAGCUUGUCCCCACUUCUCUUCCUGGCCCUCUUCCCCAGGCUCCAGGCUGGGUGGCGCUUGUGCCUGCCCAGUAGGCCAGAGCGGCCCCUGGUUCGGGGGACCGUGGGUCAGCUGCUCUAUCCCCAUGGCACUGCCAUCCCUGCUGCUGGUGGUGGCAGCCCUGGCAGGUGGGGUGCGUCCUCCGGGGGCACGGAACCUGACGCUGGCGGUGGUGCUGCCAGAACACAACCUGAGCUAUGCCUGGGCCUGGCCACGGGUGGGUCCUGCUGUGGCACUGGCUGUGGAGGCACUGGGCCGGGCACUGCCCGUGGACCUGCGGUUUGUCAGCUCCGAACUAGACGGCGCCUGCUCUGAGUACCUGGCACCACUGCGCGCUGUGGACCUCAAGCUGUACCAUGACCCCGACCUUCUUUUGGGCCCCGGUUGUGUGUACCCCGCUGCCUCUGUGGCUCGCUUUGCCUCACACUGGCGCCUUCCCCUCCUGACUGCGGGGGCAGUGGCCUCUGGCUUUGCAGCUAAGAAUGAGCAUUAUCGUACCCUGGUUCGCACUGGCCCCUCUGCGCCCAAGCUGGGUGAGUUUGUAGUGACAUUGCACGGGCACUUCAAUUGGACAGCUCGGGCUGCUUUGCUGUAUCUGGAUGCUCGCACAGAUGACCGGCCCCACUACUUCACCAUCGAGGGCGUCUUUGAGGCCCUGCAGGGCAGCAACCUCAGUGUGCAGCACCAGGUGUAUGCCCGAGAGCCAGGUGGCCCUGAGCAAGCCACACACUUCAUCAGAGCCAACGGGCGCAUUGUGUAUAUCUGCGGCCCUCUGGAAAUGCUGCAUGAGAUCCUGCUUCAGGCCCAGAGGGAGAACCUGACCAAUGGGGACUAUGUCUUCUUUUACCUUGAUGUCUUUGGGGAGAGUCUCCGAGCAGGCCCCACACGUGCAACAGGCCGGCCAUGGCAGGACAAUCGAACCCAGGAACAGGCCCAGGCCCUCAGAGAGGCCUUUCAGACUGUAUUGGUGAUCACAUACCGAGAACCCCCAAAUCCUGAGUAUCAGGAGUUUCAGAAUCGCCUGCUGAUCAGAGCCCGGGAAGACUUUGGUGUGGAGCUGGCCCCAUCCCUGAUGAACCUUAUCGCUGGCUGUUUCUAUGAUGGGAUCCUGCUUUAUGCCCAAGUCCUGAAUGAGACUAUACAGGAAGGGGGUACCAGGGAAGAUGGACUUCGAAUUGUGGAGAAGAUGCAGGGACGAAGAUACCAUGGUGUAACUGGACUGGUUGUCAUGGACAAGAACAAUGACCGCGAGACUGAUUUCGUCCUGUGGGCCAUGGGAGACUUGGAUUCUGGGGACUUUCAGCCCGCAGCCCACUACUCAGGAGCAGAGAAGCAGAUUUGGUGGACAGGCCGGCCAAUUCCCUGGGUGAAGGGGGCCCCACCUUUGGACAAUCCCCCCUGUGCCUUUGACUUGGACGACCCAUCCUGUGAUAAAACUCCACUUUCCACUCUGGCAAUCGUGGCCCUGGGCACGGGAGUCACCUUCAUCAUGUUUGGUGUUUCCAGUUUCUUAAUUUUCCGGAAGCUGAUGCUGGAGAAGGAGCUGGCUAGCAUGCUAUGGCGCAUUCGCUGGGAAGAACUGCAGUUUGGCAACUCGGAUCGAUAUCACAAGGGUGCAGGCAGUCGCCUGACGCUGUCGCUGCGGGGAUCCAGUUACGGCUCGCUCAUGACAGCCCAUGGGAAAUACCAGAUCUUUGCCAACACCGGUCACUUCAAGGGAAAUGUUGUUGCCAUCAAACACGUGAAUAAGAAGCGCAUCGAGCUGACCCGGCAAGUUCUGUUUGAACUCAAACACAUGAGAGAUGUUCAGUUUAACCACCUUACUCGCUUCAUCGGAGCCUGCAUAGACCCUCCUAACAUCUGCAUUGUCACCGAGUAUUGUCCUCGUGGAAGCUUACAAGAUAUUCUAGAAAAUGAUAGCAUCAACCUGGACUGGAUGUUUCGCUACUCGCUCAUCAAUGACCUUGUGAAGGGUAUGGCCUUUCUCCACAACAGCAUUAUUUCAUCUCAUGGAAGCCUCAAGUCCUCCAACUGUGUAGUGGAUAGUCGAUUUGUGCUCAAAAUAACAGAUUACGGUCUGGCUAGCUUCCGAUCAACUGCUGAACCGGACGACAGCCAUGCCCUCUAUGCCAAGAAGCUGUGGACUGCCCCAGAACUGCUUAGCGGGAACCCCUUGCCAACCACAGGCAUGCAGAAAGCAGAUGUCUACAGCUUUGCCAUCAUUCUACAGGAAAUAGCACUUCGAAGUGGUCCUUUCUACUUGGAAGGCCUGGACCUCAGUCCCAAAGAGAUUGUCCAGAAGGUGCGAAAUGGUCAGAGGCCGUAUUUCCGGCCAAGCAUUGACCGGACACAACUGAAUGAAGAGUUAGUUUUGCUGAUGGAGAGAUGCUGGGCCCAGGACCCAACAGAACGUCCAGACUUUGGACAAAUCAAGGGCUUCAUUCGCCGGUUUAACAAGGAAGGUGGUACCAGCAUAUUGGACAACCUCUUGCUGCGCAUGGAACAGUACGCCAAUAACUUGGAAAAGCUGGUGGAGGAACGCACACAGGCCUAUCUCGAGGAGAAACGCAAAGCUGAGGCCCUGCUGUACCAAAUUCUACCCCAUUCUGUGGCAGAGCAGUUAAAACGGGGAGAGACAGUUCAGGCGGAGGCCUUCGACAGCGUCACCAUCUACUUCAGUGACAUCGUGGGCUUCACAGCGCUGUCAGCUGAGAGCACCCCCAUGCAGGUGGUGACACUUCUUAAUGACCUUUAUACCUGCUUUGAUGCCAUAAUCGACAACUUUGAUGUCUACAAGGUGGAAACCAUUGGGGAUGCCUACAUGGUGGUAUCUGGCCUUCCGGGCCGAAACGGUCAGCGCCAUGCACCAGAAAUUGCUCGAAUGGCCCUAGCAUUGCUAGAUGCUGUCUCUUCCUUCCGCAUUCGCCAUCGACCCCAUGACCAGCUGAGGUUACGCAUAGGUGUCCAUACUGGGCCAGUCUGUGCUGGGGUGGUGGGCCUGAAGAUGCCCCGGUACUGUCUUUUUGGAGACACAGUAAACACUGCUUCUCGGAUGGAGUCGAAUGGCCAAGCUCUAAAGAUCCAUGUCUCCUCGACCACCAAGGACGCCCUGGAUGAGCUGGGAUGCUUCCAGCUCGAGCUCCGUGGGGAUGUGGAGAUGAAGGGAAAAGGAAAAAUGCGAACUUACUGGCUCUUGGGAGAGCAAAAGGGACCUCCCGGACUCCUGUAAAGCCCAGGCCGGCCAUCUUCUGCUGCUGGUACUUGGAUUGGCAAUGGUCACUGUGUUUCCACACAACAAAAACAGACAUAGCCAUAUCAGAUGGAAAACAUGCAUAGACACAACCCCCCUGCCUUAUGUGGAAAUCAGAGCCCUCUGCCGCUCAGCCUUGUACAUAGACCUGUCCCUCCCUGCCCUGGUCCUCUUCCUGCCUCCUGUAAAUAUCUGUAUCUAGACCAGAAUAUUUUGUCCAAGUAUAAAACAACAACAACAACACAAAUCAUGGUGUCA